UCCUGGAAGGGAGUCGCUUCUUUCGACCUCAAGCUUCUAGUCCCCAUGGCUCCAGCCCAGGCUUCGGGCCGGAGGAGGAAGAGGCAGCGGCGGUGCAAGGAUCGGGACCAGGACGAGCCACAGAGCUACGAGAUGCCUGUGUCCGCUUUCCCGGCGUCCGACUGUGCUUCCGAUAUCGAGCUGGAUACCCAGGAAAUGGUCCGCGCUCAGAACAAGAAGAAGAAGAAAUCAGGCGGGUUUCAGUCCAUGGGUCUGAGCUACCCGGUGUUCAAAGGCGUUAUGAAGAAAGGAUACAAAAUACCUACCCCUAUUCAAAGGAAGACUAUUCCGCUCAUCCUGGACAGCAAAGAUGUGGUCGCGAUGGCGAGGACCGGAAGCGGGAAGACGGCCUGCUUCCUCAUUCCCAUGUUUGAGAAGCUGAAGGCGCACAGCGCCAAGACCGGAGCGCGGGCCCUCAUCCUGUCGCCAACCCGGGAGCUUGCCUUGCAAACACUCAAGUUCACCAAGGAGCUUGGCCGAUUCACAGGCUUGAAAACGGCCCUGAUCCUUGGAGGAGACAAGAUGGAGGACCAGUUUGCGGCUCUACACGAAAACCCGGACAUAAUCAUUGCCACUCCUGGCCGGCUGAUGCACGUGGCCGUGGAGAUGAAGCUCAAGCUGCAAAGCAUGGAAUACGUGGUCUUCGACGAAGCAGACAGGCUCUUCGAGAUGGGCUUUGCAGAGCACCUGAAAGAGAUCAUCUCCCGGCUGCCCGAGAACCGCCAGACAGUGCUCUUCUCUGCCACCCUGCCGAAACUUCUGGUGGAGUUUGCCCGAGCCGGUCUUUCAGAGCCGGUGUUGAUCCGCCUGGAUGUGGAGUCAAAGCUCAGUGAGCAACUCAAGCUGUCCUUCUACCAUGCGCGUGCCGACGACAAGCCGGCCCUGCUGCUGUACCUGCUGAGGACUGUGGUAAGACCUCAGGACCAAACAAUCGUCUUUGUCUCCACCAAGCACCACACGGAAUAUCUGAGAGAGCUGCUGACGGCACAGGGCGUGAACUGCACGCACGUCUACAGCUCUCUGGACCAGACGGCUCGCAAGAUCAACGUCGGCAAGUUCAUCCACGGCAAGUGCUCGGUGCUGAUCGUCACCGACUUGGCGGCCCGUGGAAUCGACAUCCCCCUGCUGGACAACGUGAUCAACUACAGCUUCCCGGCCAAACCCAAGCUCUUCCUGCACCGCGUGGGCAGAGUGGCUCGGGCUGGGAGGAGUGGCACCGCCUACUCCCUGGUGGCACCGGACGAGACCCCCUACGUUUUUGACUUGCACCUAUUUCUAGGACGGCCGCUGGUUCUCGCCAGUCCUCACGACAAGCCUGCAGACUCGGAUGGCGUGUUUGGCCGCGUCCCCCAGAGCGUCAUCGACGACGAGGAGAGCUUGCUGCAGACGGAUCACGAGCGCUCGCUGGAACUGCAGAACCUCCGCCGGGUCUCCGACAACGCCCAGAAGCAGUACCAGAAGUCACGGCCUGCUCCGUCGCCCGAGUCCAUCAAGAGGGUCAAAGAGAUGGACUUUAGCCUUUUGGGCAUUCACCCGUUGUUCAGUUUGCGCUUUGAGGGAGAGGAGAUGGAGCGUCUAAGAUUCGUGGACAGCAUCAAAACCUACCGUUCCAAGGCCACCAUCUUCGAAAUCAACGCCACCAACAAGACGCUGGCCAGCGACGUCAUGCGUGCCAAGCGUAGCCGGGACCGCCCGCUCAUUGACCGGCACCAACGGAAGCAGCAGGAAAGGCUGUGUCUGGCGGUGGUGACAGCAGCUAAGGCCGAAGACCAGGCUGCACCAGCUGCCAACGAAGGAGAAAUGGAGGAGGAGGAAGAACAUAUUCAGGAUGUCUUCUCCAGUGUGGUGGGAAGAAAACGGAAGCAGCAGCAGCACCCAGCAGAUAAGAGCCAUAGCAAGAAGAGAAAGCCGUGGGCACCGCAGGACCAAGAGUUCUACAUCCCCUACCGGCCCAAAGACUUUGAUUCCGAGCGUGGGCUAUGCAUCAGUGGAGAAGGCAGCGCUUUUGAGCAGCAGGCGUCGGGCGCCAUCCUGGAUCUGAUGGGCGACGAGAAUCAGAACAUGAACAAAAACAAGCAGCUCCUGAAAUGGGACCGGAAGAAGAAGCGGUUUGUGGGGCAGACAGGCCAGGAGGAUAAGAAGAAGAUCCGUACCGAGAGUGGGGCGUACAUCAACAGCUCCUACAAAAGGAACCUCUACGAGAAAUGGAAGAAGAAGAACAAGGUGGACGAACAGGACUCGGACGCAGAGGCUGAAGGGGAGCGCAGGGGCAGGAAGCCAUGGAGAGGCCGAGGUGCCCACCCUGCGCCGUUCCCCCACGGCAGAGGCGGCUCCCAGCAGGACCGGGUCCGUUCUGAGCUGAAAACGAAGCAGCAGAUCUUCAAGCAGCGGAAGAAGAUGGCCAAGCAACGUUUCCUGCAGGGCGGAGGGUUGAAACGCAUGAAGUCCCACAACCGCCAGCAUGUCCAAGAAAUGCGCCGGUCGGCUUUUGGGCGCGGAACCGCCAAGAAAGGCAAGAUGAGAAAGAGGAUGUAACACGUGCGACGCCCACAGCGCUAGCUUUCAGUACCCACCUGCCGAUUGCUUACUGUGUAAACUCUGGGUCCGGAAGGAAAGAUUAAACCAUUUUUGGCCUUCUCA